CCUGCUCGGGCUGUGAGGGAUCAUGCAGCAGAAGCUCCUGUCAGAGCAACCUGCAGCAGCAGCAGACGCAGCUGGAGCCGCCGCUGCCUGCCAACUCUCACCUUUGACCUGUGGACACCUGGAGGACACGCGUCUCUGCUCGUCUCUGACCUGAGGGGAUUUUCACUCUGAGGGAAUAAAAAGGAAAACUUGUGGACAUCUGUGGAGAUUUUUUUAUUUUUUUUAGUUUGAUUGCGCUGAGGUGUCCUCACCUGGAUUUGGUCUCAUAGUGGACACUCUUAGGACGGACAUAACUCCGCCGUGGGACAACUCCAGGAUGUUCUGCUCCAGGAGAGUCCUGCAGCGCUGGAGCUUCGCUCUCUUCCUCCUCUGCUCGCCGGCGCCGCUCUUUGGACGUCCCAUGGACGCGCUCAGCAGCAGGAUAAAGCGCUCGGUGACUCACGCUCAGCUGAUGCACGACAAAGGUCGGAUGUUGCAGGACUUUAAACGUCGCAUGUGGCUGCAGGAGCUUCUGGAGGAAGUCCACACGCCGGAGAUCCGCGACCUUCCCAUCCGGACCACGGGGGCAGUUGGUGGAGGCGGCGGCGGCAGCAGCACUACCGGCGCCGGCGUCGGGCUGCCGGGCGUCAGCCUGAGCACCACGGGCAGCACCCUGCACUCCAAACCACCGGGGGGAACCAAGAACCUCCCGAUCAGCUUCAGGCUGGAGGAGGAGGAGGGAACCAACCUGCCACAGGAGACCAACAAGUCGCAGACGUACAAAGACGGCGUCCUCAAGGCGCCGGGCAAGAAGAAGAAGAAAGGGCGGUCCGGGAAGAGGAGGGAGGGCGAGAAGAGGAAGAGGAGGGCGCGUUCGCUCGGCUGGAGGCUGGACGAAGACCCCGGGAGUGGACUCCACCUGGAGUGGAGGUCCCUGCUCGGCCUGCAGAGGGCACUGCUUUGAGACGCUGUCAGUCUCUGACACAGAAACCCACAGAACGUCGGAGUGGACUCCUAAAUACUCGUGUUACAGUCUCCUGUAAUAGUGAUUGUUUGGAAAGAAAUUGGAAAAUAUUUAUUGUCUGUAAAUAUUCUAAAUAUCGCAGAAUAGAUAGCAGAAUAUGAUUAAAAAAGAUUUUAAUCUUUGUGAAUC